AUCCCUGAAAAAUCAUGAAACAAGAAAUUGGAGGAAUAAUGGAAAAUAUGUAGUAGCUGUUGGUGUUGUUCUAUGCAUUCCUGUUAAUUCUUUUUCUGAUCUAUAGCACGUCAGCCAUUUGACAUAUAACAAUGAUGUCUAGCAUAUAAAAGUGAUCGUCGGUGUCGGUGGUGUGACCGAAGAUGCAACAUGUACCGUCGGUGUCAGUGGAUGAUUUGAUGUUGAUCAGCCCAACUUAGGUUUGGACCUACCUUCAUGGAAUUCACGAACAUGCCUUAGAGCUCUGAUAGGGUGUUGUCCUUGAGGUGUCAUUCCCGACAUAGGUUCGAACCUCACGCCCCUUUUUCCCUAAUCAAUUCCAAGAAAUAGCAUCAUUGCGUCGGACGGUCCCACAUCAAGAUCCUACGACGUCUCGUUCUCUCGGUUUGGAAGCUGCAGCGAUGCGACACGCGCCCGGCAGCUCCUCCCGCGGUCGGUCAACGAGUCGGACCGCCAACAAAAUCUGUCCUUCAAUUGUGUGGUCCCAGAAUCCAACCAUAAAUGUCAAACUGGCUACGAGAUAGAUUCGGAGAAUCUCCCGCGCUCGACGAGAGAUUCUGGAUCCCCUGGGCGGGUAUAAGAAUCCGUCAAAACUCCUUUGCCUCGUUUGGUCUUCGACAGCAGCCACAUGUUUUGGGGAAACAGCUAUUCUAUCUCCAAUAUACGCAACCCCGUCGCAAGGAGGAACGCAAGAGGAACUGGAAAGAGAGAGGAAGGCAAGAGGAGGAGGAGCACAGAUCUUAGUUGCGUCCCUCUCUCCAUCUCUUUGCAGGUUGUCUGAGCUUCGGGUCCCAUGAGCGAGCCGGAACGCAAUGACCUGCAGCAGAGCAAGGAGAAGGCCAUCGACGACUGGCUUCCCAUCACCUCGAACCGGAGCGCCAAGUGGUGGUACUCUGCCUUCCACAAUGUCACGGCCAUGGUCGGCGCCGGCGUCCUCAGCUUGCCCUACGCCAUGGCAGAACUCGGAUGGGGGCCUGGCGUGGCGGUGCUCGUCUUGUCGUGGAUCAUCACCUUGUACACCCUAUGGCAGAUGGUGGAGAUGCACGAGAUGGUCCCUGGCAAGCGAUUCGACCGCUACCACGAGCUGGGACAGCAUGUGUUUGGAGAAAAGCUCGGGCUCUGGAUCAUCGUCCCGCAGCAGCUGAUCGUGGAGGUCGGCACCGACAUCGUGUACAUGGUCACCGGUGGCAGGUCCAUCAAGAAGUUCCACGACACCAUCUGCCCCGACUGCAAGAACAUCAAGCUUUCUUACUUCAUCAUGAUCUUCGCCUCCGUGCAGUUUGUUCUCUCUCAGCUUCCCGACUUCAACUCCAUCUCAGGCGUCUCCUUGGCCGCGGCUGUCAUGUCCCUCAGCUACUCUACCAUUGCCUGGGUUGCAUCCGUGGAGAAAGGCCAACCAGAUGUUGAUUACAGCUACAAGGCUUCAACCACAACAGGAGUUGUCUUCAACUUCCUCAGUGCGCUGGGAGAUGUUGCCUUUGCAUAUGCAGGGCACAAUGUGGUGCUGGAAAUCCAAGCAACCAUACCUUCCACUCCUGAGAAGCCUUCGAAGAAACCAAUGUGGAGGGGUGUGGUUGUUGCUUACCUUGUUGUUGCUAUUUGCUACUUCCCUGUUGCUCUAAUUGGAUACUGGGCCUUUGGCAAUGUUGUUGAUGACAACAUUCUCAUCACCCUUGAGAAGCCAAGGUGGUUGAUUGCAACGGCCAAUAUAUUCGUCGUGAUCCAUGUCAUCGGAAGUUAUCAGAUCUAUGCCAUGCCUGUGUUUGACAUGAUAGAAACAGUGCUUGUCAAGAAAUUCCACCUUCCGCCAGGUCUUACUCUUCGCUUAGUUGCAAGAAGUGCUUAUGUUGCAUUUACAAUGUUCGUGGGCAUAGCCGUCCCUUUCUUUGGGGGUUUGCUUGGGUUUCUCGGAGGCUUUGCAUUUGCACCAACAACUUAUUUUCUCCCCUGCAUCAUGUGGCUAGCUAUCUACAAGCCAAAGAAGUUCAGCUUGUCUUGGAUCACAAACUGGGUAAGUCAGCUCUUCUCAAGAUCUAACUUCUCAGAUUAGUCAGCAGCUAAUUUUGUCGUCUUGAUGAUCUUUAGAUCUGCAUUAUACUGGGGGUUCUACUGAUGAUCUUAUCACCUAUUGGAGGAAUGAGGACGAUCAUAUUAAGUGCAAAGGACUACGCGUUUUUCUCAUGACCUUGCCAAUCAACUAUGUAGAUGGCAACAAGAUUAGCCUGACAUGCUUGAUUCAUUGUAUUGCCAAAACGGUGCUCAUUAGAUAUGAACAAAAUGUCAUCAACUACAGAUACUGUAGUUAGGCUGUCUUUGAAAACACAUUUGCAUUCUUAAU